AUGUAUGGGCAAAAGAAGAGCCAUUUGUAUCUCUGGAUGGAACACUAUGGGUAUGACAUGCCUGCAGAUAUUUCCAAGAUAUAUUCUCAACCCUUCAGAAAAAUGGACAAUGCAAAUAAAAAGGUGUCAGCGAGUGCUUCAAGGUCCAUUAAACUAAAUGGCAGCACCAGCUAUGAUGCAAAUGAACAGACAACUAACGGAAGCAGUUUGUCAUAUCCAGAUGAAAUACAAUCAACAAGUUAUGAGGAUCCCAUCAGUACAAAAACAUAUACAAAUGAUUCAUCAGAAUACCACCCUGAGGGAGCUUCGAGCAGCACAACCCUGUAUGAACUGAAUUCCUUGAGUGAAGUAUCGAAAGAAAUCAUUACCCAGGGAGAAUCUGCUUUACUACGUGGUAAAGAAGCUACCAGUGAACUCAAAGUCCCAAGUAUACUGCAAACGCAGACGUCCGUGUCCACCAACACGCUCACCUCAUCUGAUUUAUCAUCAUCAGAUAACCAGGAAGAGCAAAUGAACAAAUGCAAGUUAAACCAGAUAUCCAAGUUGUACGACAAUGAUGAACUUAUUGAUAUUCAAAAGUCAUACUGGAAUGUGGUUAAGAGAUUUGUGCGCAUCCUUGUGUCCUCAGUUGCCUUCAGAAUAUUUGGAAUUUUCCUGGUCAUUCUGGAUGUAUUUCUUGUGAUUGUCGAUCUAAAUGACUCUGAAAACAAAAUUGAUAUUCCUUUGGACUAUCGUUCCAUUUCUUUAGCUAUUGCUUUAUUUUUCCUUGUGGAUGUUCUUCUUCGAGUGUCUGUGGAAGGGAGACGGAGUUAUUUCUCCGAUGUACUGAACACCCUGGACACUGUGGUCAUCGGUGUGACUCUGGUUGUGGCUGUCAUUUAUGUACUUUAUGACCAACACUUUCUCAGAGACAUCCCAAGACUGGCAGUUUUACUUCGGCCCCUACGACUGCUCAUUCUGGUAAGGAUUUUGCAACUGGCUCACCAAAAGAGACAACUUGAACGGCUGACCAGGAAACUGGUUUCGGGUAACAAGCGGCGCUACAGGAAGGAUGGCUUCGACCUAGACCUCACUUACGUCACUGAGCGUAUUAUUGCCAUGUCGUUUCCAUCGUCUGGAAGGGAGUCCUUCUACAGAAACCCAAUCAAGGAGGUUGUGCGGUUCCUGGAUACCAAGCACCCAAACCACUAUCAAGUGUACAAUCUAUGCAGUGAGAGAGCUUAUGACCCUAAGCACUUCCACUACAGGGUCCGCAGAAUCAUGAUUGAUGAUCAUAAUGUUCCCACUCUUGAGGAAAUGUUGUUGUUCUCCAAGGAAGUAAAUAAUUGGAUGGCGCAAGAUCCUGAGAACGUCGUCGCGAUUCACUGUAAGGGGGGAAAAGGAAGAACUGGAACUAUGGUGUGUGCCUGUCUCAUUGCCAGUGAAGUAGUUUUAAAUGCAAAGGAAAGUCUGUACUUUUUUGGAGAACGACGGACAGAUAAAAACAAAAGCUCGAGGUUCCAAGGAAUAGAGACCCCUUCUCAGAAUAGAUAUGUGAAAUAUUUUGAAAAACUGAAAAUUAACUACCAACUGACUCUCCCUCCAAGAAAAGUACUCGUGAUAAAAAGAUUGGUCAUUUAUUCCAUUCAUGGCGUUGGAAAAGGCGACGGGAGUGACCUAGAAGUACAAAUCAUAAUGUGGCAGGAGACGGUUUUUUCCUGUUUUAAUUCCAAGAAUUGUAUGAUAUUUCAUGACCCUGAAACUGACAGAGCAGUAAUUAAUGUGCUCAACUGCCCGGCUCUAUACAAUGAUGUGAAAGUGAAAUUUCUCUCUCGGAAUCUUCCUAAAUACUAUGAUAACUGCCCCUUUUUCUUUUGGUUUCAUACGUCUUUUAUUCGAAAUAACAGGCUUUACCUACCAAGAAAUGAAUUGGAUAAUACCCAUAAACCAAAGACAUGGAAAAUUUAUGGUCCAAAGUUUGCAGUAGAGGUGGAUUUUGAUGAGACAAAGACCAAGUUUAUGAACUAGCUGUUGAGGAAAAGAUAAAUAAGGGCUGUGGUUGCCUUGGAUGUGACUGAAGCUCCGCAUCUCCCUGGGACUGGGAAGGC